AGAACCAUUCGUCAUCGAGAUUCUAAUCGUAAGAUACAAUCCGAAGAAGAAUCGUAGAUCCAUAACCCCCCGACGAGUGUGAGAACGCGUCAGAUCAUAUCGGAACAUUCAACGUGACUUAUAUCUAUUGAUGCCGAGAAAGUUUGUGGUUUUUCAUGAAGACUCGCUCAUUGGUUUAGAUCGGAAAAACAAUACCGGAUAGGGUCAUGUGAAUGGUAUUUCGGGUGAAGUUGUCGAUCUGGCCUCGUGUCGUAGCGCAAUUCAUUUUGAGUACGCGAGUCAAGAUUACGACCUGUCAUCCAAACUCGUUGCGGGGAAAGCAAGUUUAAUUACCAUGUCGGACGGAGCCGUAAAUGUCAUGACAGGCAAAGUUAGAGUUAACAAUGACAUCGACUCAGCGGGUUUGACGUUUGACAGUUGAUGACUUUGAACUCAAAAUGGGAUGGUAUAUUGGUAGAUAAACCACCGAUCGCUCAUCCUGUUGACGAGUGUAGAGUAUUAGUAUAUUCGAUCGGGUUUUCUAUCAGUGACGGUAUUCGAGAAUCGAGCAAGACAUGGCGGGAAAAGUAGGAAUCGCAAACACGGACGAUAUUCCCGAUCUCAUAGAGAUCUUUUGGGAAGCCUUUUCCGGGCCUGGAGAAGUUGUGUUCCCCCACACGGAUGGCGGCCGAAAAUGGCUUCAGCGGAGUUUUGAAAACUUCCUAGGCCAGAAAUCUUAUUACAGACCCGAGUCGAAAAUAGCUGUUGUAAGGAACUUGAACAACAGACCGGUUGCGAUGGCCAUUGCCCACGUGGUUCGACCCGGUCAGAACAUCGGAGCAAAGUCUUGGAAAUCGCGAUGGGGACGAUGCGAAGAUAUUCCCGGUGUAAGUGAAGAACAACUCUCGGAAUUCUUCGAUCCCCUAGCGAGAGCACAUUAUCUUGUUGUAGGAAAGGAAGGCCACAUGUUCAUUGAAUUGGUCAUGACAAAGUCGACUAGUCGAGGCAGAGGAUACGCAUCGGCAUUAAUGGGAUGGGCCAUUAAGAUUGCUGAUAACCUUGAUAUCCCUUGUUAUCUCGAUGCGGGAAUGCGUGGUAUGGGAAUUUGUGACCGUUGUGGUUUUAAGGCGCAAGACAUCGAAAUGCGAUACGGUGGUCCCCCACCUUGCACCCCGAUGUUACGGUCAAGGAAACAGUGAGAUAUCACGAGACCAAUAAUGGUGAAUGGUAGCGGGUAUAGCGCAGAAUGAAUUGGGAAUUAGUUCAAGUUCGGAAUUUGGAAACCGUUAAUUAAUAUAAACCAUUCGGGGAACAACUUCCAAUGUGUGUAGAUGCGUAUGCGCGAAUAAUGAACAAUCUAGUCUCCGGUCGGUUGGUGACACUACCAAACGAUAUAUACCCUGGUUUAUGCACCCCGCAAAGAUCGUCAACUUGGGCGACGCAACGAAUCGAUGAGUGCGACGUGACACUUGAUCGGAACUAUCCGAUUAUGUAUGGUCUUUAUAUCGUGAUGUGGUGUAUUGGUAUUUGUUUCGCAUGGAAAUGAAUAUUUCCGUGUGUGUUUCUUGUCGGAAUAAUUUUAAUAAUGCUUUGGAAUUAUUAUCUGACGGCAUUAAAAUGUCACGAGAUGAUGAUUGCUGGACAAUUCCAAUCCUAAACUGCCAAGAUGUCUAUCAUAAGAAGGGAAGGAGGAUAGAGUGGAUUGAGUCUAGACUUUCUCG